AACUGGACUGAAUGGCCUGCUUCUGAAUGCAAUUUAAAUAUGGAACUUUCCAUAGUUAGAUUUGAACAUACAAUCUCUGGAUGGUUAAUCCAACACCAUAGCAUCGCAGCUGCUAAACCUGGAGUCAUGUUUAGUGAAAUUCUUUUUAAUGCCUUCCUUGAAGAUUCUAUCUAAAGGCCUCAGCCUUUCCCAAAAGACUGCACUUCGAAUUGAUGGCUUUGACCAUAGCUAUGGCUGAGAGCUGAAUUUGAGAUGUGCCAUUUGAGUGAGUGCAGUGUACCUAAUUUCCCAGGAUAAUCCAGGACCCUUUAUUCAGCUGUACUGAAUCAACAUUUUCCUCGGUUUUUAGCACUUACUGUACACGGUUUCUUCAACUAAUUUUGAGAAAUAUAGGGAGAACUUUCAAAAUCUUCAUUCUAUUAACAUUUCCUUUGAAUGUCUUUUAACAGAAACCUAUUCUAAAACUGUUUUUUGCGAGGAUGACAUAAGAUCAGUGAAUUGAUAACACAUUUUAUACUUCAGCCAAUGUCUUUUCCAUAGUACCCUCAUGGUGUCUGGGCAGAGAGAAAAAAGUAGCCACAUGACUGGCCCUAGUCACUAUCCAGUGUUCUUGCUGGAAACACAGCGUGUGAAAAUCAAAUGAGGAAAACGAAAGGACUUGUAUUUGAUUCCCCCACACAGGGAACAGCAGUCUGUCACUCACUGUGCAACAGUCUCUAACUGAGGAGUCAGUCCUUUCAGUAAAGGAGGAGAGGGAGUUGGGGGAAAUAACGUUUCAUUUUCCUGUUUUACAGAAGAAUUGCACAGUACUGCACCACAAAAUACAGAGAGGAUAGACCACCGCAGAUCGAUCCCGACCAUCAUCUAAGGGACAACUGCACAACAGUUGGGAGACAACUUCACAUAUUGUUUAACACAGGAAAUCAGUCAGGGUCAGGGGAACUUUAACAUAUCAGCAUGUCUGAAACUGGUCAGUGGUGUGGGGCCUUCCGUCAGAACCAGACUUUCUGAAGGUUUGGAUGUGAGUGAAUGGUCAAGAUGAGCCUUGGAAGAAGUGUGAGCGCCUUCAAGUGUGCACAGUUUCCUGGAACAGAAAGUUUCAACUGAGAUGUGCAACAAAGCUUUGUCAAAGGCAUUGAUGCUGAUGGAUGACCAACACAUGUACACCAGGGAGAAGCCAUUCAAAGGCGAGAUAUUUAACCAGGAUUUUGGAGGGCAAUCAGACCUGGUGAAUUAUCAGCACAUUUGCACAGGGAAAAAGGCAUUGACGUGUGAGAUGUGUGAAAAAUCUAUCUCCUCAUCAUCAGAACUCCACAUACACCAGCGUAUUCAUACAGGGGUGAAACCAUUCAUGUGCGAAGUAUGUAACAAAUCAUUCUCGUCAUCGUCAAACCUCCGCAAACACCAACGCAUUCACAAAGCAGAAAAACCAUUUCAGUGUGAGGUGUGUGAUAAAUCAUUCACACACUCAGGAACUCUUCGCAGACACCAACAUAUUCACACAGGGGAGAAGUUGUUUAAGUGCGAGGUGUGUUGCAAAUCAUUCUCCAAUUCAUCAAGACUCCUGCUCCAUCAGAGGAUUCACACAGGGGACAAGCCAUUCACAUGUGAAGUCUGUGAUAAAUCAUUUUCGGAUUCAUCAAACCUCCGUAGGCAUCAAAGCAUCCAUACUGGGGAGAAACCAUAUCGGUGCGAGGUAUGUGACAAAUCAUUCCCCAGUUCAUCAAGACUCCUGCUGCAUCACAGCACUCAUACAGGGGAUAAACUAUUUACCUGCAAGGUUUGUCACAAAUCAUUCUCACAGUCUUCAAGCCUACACACACAUCAACGCGUCCACACAGGCGAGAAACCCUUCACUUGUGAUGUGUGUAUCAAAUCAUUCUCAAAUUCAUCAACUCUCCGCAGACACCAACGCACUCACACAGGGGAGAAACCAUUUACAUGUGAAGUGUGUGAUAAAUCGUUUUCGAGGUCCUGGAACCUUCUGCUCCAUCAGAAGAUCCACACAGGGUAGUAACACUUCAAGUCUGAGGCCUGUGAUUAACCUUUCAUUAUGUCUUCAACCAUCUGGAAAUCCAAGUGAUUCACAUGGGACAAAUUCGUCAGAUGCAAUUUUGUGAUUGCCUUUGUACAGUUGGUGUACCUCCUGCUCCAUCAACACACUCACAGGGAGAAAGCCUUUUGGAGUGAGUUUUGUAAUAAAGCCUUUACACAGUUGUCAGACCACCUGGAACAUCAGUGAAUCCACAUGGUACACCAAACCCUUCCAAUGUGAUGUGUGUCAGGAUUGUUUCACCUCCUUUCUCGUCAGAUAAAAAUUUCGCCACACAGAUUUUGGACCCGUUCCCAUUGCACUGAGAGCUGUGUGUUGUUUACCCUCCAUUGUUCACAGAGGGGAGCAGUCAUUCCAAAGUUGUAUCGGUCUCAGCAGGGUCUGUCUUAAACCUCUCCCACUAUCAGUCCAGUCAUUUCAAGAAGGUUAUUUAACCUUUGAGCAGAUCAUCAAACAUCACUAAAAAAAAAAAGUACCUGCUGAGGAUCACUUCAGUUUUAAUGUUUGUAAUGAGCUCACUGCAGGGUGUUCAGUUGGACUGGGACACAGAACAAAAAGCAGCUUUCACUCCCACCAAACAACUAGUGAUGACAUCACCAGUGCUGAGGGAUUAUGAUGUAACAAUGGAGUCACCCUGCAGUGUGAUGUCAGUGAAACAGGACUUGAAGUAACCCUCAUGCAGUGAGAACAACCCGUUAUGUUUGUAUCCAGAGUGUUUACACAAACUGAGUAACAUUGUGUACAGAAUGUUCAGUGGUAUUGGGACUUAGAACAAGAAGUAGCUUUCACUCACAUCAAACAAGAGUGACGACAACACCACAAACAGUUGAGAAUUCACCAGGCCAGGGAAUUCUCACUGAUCAUUUCCUGGUUCACGUUCUCCUGAUUGUAGUGUGCUAACAGGGCUGAGGGACUAUGAAAUCAAUUGUUAUAAACUUUUUGAGAUUUAAAACAAAUCCUUUUACUUAAUCUGCUCACUUGUAUCAAUAGUUUUUUGUUACUCUGACCACAUUACGAACAAUGCUGUAUUAGACCAAGUACUCUGUUUCUGUUCAGGAAUAGAAAGUUACUACAAUCCUGUUAAGUCAAAAAUUGACUUGUACUUUGAUAGCACCUUUGACAACAACCGUAUGUCUGCAGUCCCCACAGACAAUGAGCUACUUUUGAAGGUCAGUCAUAAUUGUACUGAACAUGCACACAGCUUCCACAAACAUCACUGUGACAGUACCUGACAAUCUGUCUUUCUGUGGUGUUGGCUGAGGGAAAAGUGCAGUCCAGAACAUCAGGGGUAACUUGAAAAUGUGAUACAGGACUGUGUUACUUUAUGUAAGAGAGCAGAUAGGGCGUUGGUUUAAAGAGUCACCUAAAAGAAAACCACUGAUAAUGCAGUGCUCUCUACAGGCACCCGAGUGCCACAUACAAUAACACACCAUUAGACGCAUAUUCCAGCUUCGUGUGUACAUUGGGUGUGUGUUUGUUCGAGAAAAGAACAGAUAUGAAUGGUGAUGAGUUUUCUAGUUUCCAGAAGAGAAUAGGAUUCUUUACUGGGAUAUCCAUUAUUGAGACAUUUACUUUGUUAAAAUCUGUUGAGAAUUCACCAGCUCAGGGAGUUCAGAGAGGUCUGUGCUCAGUCAUAAAAUUAAAAAUAGAAAAUGCUGGAGAAACUCAGCAAUUCUGCUAGCAUCAAUGGAGAGAGAAAUACAGUGAACGCUUUGAGUCUGGAGUGGUUCAGAAGAGGAAUCAUAUUGGACUUGAAAUAUUAACUGUUUUUCUCUACCAGAUGCAGUACACCUGCUGAGUUUCUCCAGUAUUUUCUGUUUUCACUUCAGCUUUCUAACAUAUACAUUAUUAUAAUUUUAUUUCAAUUUUCAGUUAAUUUGAUUCACUCCACAUAAUAUCAAUAAAUGUCACAGACCACAGCAAAAGUUGUACCUCAGCUGGAAGUUUGAAGAGUCAAGCUCUGGAACUAGUCAUACCCCUGACCAAGUGAUAACACUGGCAUCCACAGGUGAACUGCAGCGGUUCAAGAAGGUAGCUCACCACCACUUUCUCAGGGUCAACUAAACACUUACUAGCUAGUGAUGCCCACAUCCCAUAUAUGAAUAAAGAAAAAAAAAUCCAGGAUAAGUCCUGACGGAUAGCUGUUCAUUAUUUACAAUAUUGGUGUUCUACUAAAAUCAGUUUCUCAGGGUUUAAGUCCCAAAGCUGUCUACAGAUUGCUUGUCAACCUGAAAAUUUGAUCUGAUUUAAAAUGUAACUAGUUUGAAUUGCAGAUGUCAGUGUUGUCUUUGUGUCUGAAUUCCUGAAGCUGUGAAAAGGGGUAAAAUGCCUGGGCUCAACUGGAUUGGUCAUUUUAAGAGGUUGUCUUAAAUCAGUACUGCCGAUAAAUCAUUCUGCUUUCAUUCACUAUUCAUUAAAGUUCUUCUGUUUAGACACAGUUCUAAUAAUGUGUCAGGAGUAAAACUGGAGAUGUAAAUCACUUAUAUGGUAGACUGGUGUUAGUUUUAGUGAGGUUUUUG